GGUUCCUCGGUGCAGCCCUCGGGGCGCAGCGCCACUUCCUCUCACGUUUGGAUUCUAGUGGAGUUUGAAGCUGCAGCUGCAGAUCUGAGCUGGACCUGGAUACAUCCUCACCUCCUCCUCUCCUCUCUCACAUGCAGCAGGAUCCCCAGGGUGCUUUUCUUCGGUAACUUCUGCCUGAACCAAGUUUCUUCUCCUCUCUGCUGCAGCAGCCUCUGACUCUGACUCCACCUGGACACGUCUCCAGACUUUGGGCUCAUGCUUCUGCGAUGCUGUGGCUGUGACUCCGAGCAGCAGUGUGUCAGCGGUACAGUCUGGUGAAGCACAAUGAAAGACGACUUUGCUGAUGAAGAGGAGGUGCAUUCCUUCGGCUAUAAGAGGUUUGGAAUUCAGGAGGGGACAGAGUGCACCAAGUGUAAAAAUGACUGGGCUCUGAGGGCGGCCAUUGCACUUCUCUACGUGCUCUGUGCACUGCUCACCAUCGCUGUGGCGGUCCUCGGAUACAAAGUGGUCCAGAGAAUGGACAAUGUGACCGAGGGCAUGCAGAAUUAUGGAGGCAAGAUCAAUGCUGUGGAGACAGACUUGAAGAAAUUUGAUGAUCAGGCAGGAGAGAAGUCCGUUAAUGCCACCAGUGAAAUCAAGACUUUCAAGUCAGACCUGGAGUUCUUACAGAACAAACUGAAUGACAUUGCGCUGAGGGCAACCAGAAACAGAGACGUCCUGGAUGAGCUCCGGAUCACAGGCGAUGACGUGCAAAACGGCCACGGGUCCUUGCAGAGCUUUCUGGAAGGAAAUGCGGCCUCCCUGCGUGGCCUCAACCAGACCCUGCUCUCUUACAGUGGUGUGAUUGACAACCUCCAGACCGACACAGCACGGCUCCAGACAGAGAUACAGGGCCAGGCUAAAGAACAGAGCCAGUCCCAGGUUAGUGUCAGUGCACUCAACAUCACCCAGGCCCAGCAGCGCAGUCUGCUCGGCACACUGCAGAAGACGGUGGAAGACGCGGGACAGGCGGUGCAGAAACUGAAGAAUGAUUAUCAGGGUCUGCAGCAGACGUCCAGACAGAACCGGGCUGACACGGAGUGGCUGAAGGAAAAGAUGCAAAAUCUCCAGGUUUUGGCAGCGAACAACUCAGCCCUGGCCCGGUCCAACGAGGAAGCUCUGGAUGACUUGGAUACGCAGCUCAGCACUCUGGCCAGUCAGAUCCAGAACACCUCCGCCCUAACCGAGGGACACGACCAGAAGAUGCGUGAGCUGAUGGACCACCAGAGAGACCACGACAACAUCACCUCAUCCAAGUUUGAUGAGAUAGAAGUACGAUUAGACAGACAUGAGAACGCCAUGGACCGCGUGACUGGAAACAUGAGCUUUGCCUCCCAGGUCCUCGGUGCCAUCAGCGUCGACCUGACCGGCCUGAGGUCCUGUGCUGAGACAGUGAUGCGACAUUCAGACCUGUUACUGGCCCUGAAUGGUAGCGUGAUGGAGGCUCAGGCGGAGGGCAAAGAGCUGCGCGGCCAGCAGGAUGUGCUGACAGCCCGGCUGGACGGUGAGGUCAACAACCUGUCUAUGGUGAUGGAGGAGAUGAAGCUCGUGGACAGCAAGCACUCUCAGCUCAUCACCAACUUCACCAUCCUGCAGGGUCCACCGGGUCCAAGGGGCACCAAAGGAGACAAGGGUCCACAGGGGCCAAUGGGCCAAGCAGGACAAAAGGGUGAUAAAGGAGACAAAGGGGUGCUAGGACAGGUGGGACCCAAAGGAGAGAAAGGUGCUGCUGGACCUCCAGGUGCGACAGGUCCUCAGGGUGCAAAUGGUGGCCGGGGUCUUCCGGGGUCUAAAGGAUCGAGAGGGCCUGGAGGUCGAUCUGGAAACCCUGGUGAUAAAGGUGUCCCAGGGAAUCCAGGGUAUCCUGGUAUCGAUGGAAAGCCAGGGAUGCCAGGAUCCCAAGGCCCACAGGGGCCCAGAGGUGUAGUGGGACCGGCAGGAUUGGAUGGGCCUCGUGGGCCUGUUGGACCUAUCGGCCCUCCUGGCCCUCCAGGGCUUCCAGGGUUACCUGCAGCUGCCCCUCCUCUAAUAUUAAAGCCAACUCAGUCCACUCAGGUCCCUGCAUCUCCCAAAGCACCUGAACCUCCCAAAGCAUCUGAACCAUCCAAACCAACCGAGGAACCACAAGGGUCUGUGUCCCGGCAGGUCCAACCCCCAGUGGUCACCACUCCAACGCCUGGUUGUCCACCAGGGUUCAGAAAGUUUAGAGAAAGCUGCUAUUACCUCUCCUCUGAGCCCCAGAGACUCAAAUUUGAUGAGGCCAACCACUUUUGCACCAACAUGUCAUCGUAUAUGCUCAUUAUCAAUGACAAUGAAGAGCAGGAAUUUGUGAAAGAUGCAAUAAACGGAAAAGGUUAUUUCUGGCUGGGCCUGACUGACAGAGACGAGGAAAAUGUCUGGAAGUGGGCGGACGGGACAAUACCUGUUUUCAAUAAGUGGAAACCCGGCCAGCCUGAUAACUGGACCAACGGUCAUAAAGGCGGCGAGGACUGUGCUGGUCUAAUCCGUAAUAGACGGCGGAUAUCUGUUGUUGUCGACACACCAGCGAUGCCUCUCUUCGCGACCAACCCAUUCGACCAAGAUGCGGAGAAAGCAACCAGUGAGAUGAACACAGCUGAGGACUGGGGCCUCAUUCUGGACAUAUGUGAUAAGAUAGGGCAGUCACGAACUGGACCUAAAGAAUGUCUCCGCUCUAUAAUGAGAAGAGUGAACCACAAGGAUCCUCAUGUUGCCAUGCAGGCGCUGACUCUUCUUGGUGCUUGUGUCUCAAACUGUGGGAAGAUCUUCCACUUGGAGGUGUGCUCCAGAGAGUUUGCCAGUGAAGUCAGUAACGUCUUAAACAAGGGCCACCCCAAAGUGUGUGAGAAGCUUAAAGCCCUCAUGGUGGAGUGGGCGGAGGACUUCCGCAAUGAUCCACAGCUGAGUCUGAUCUCAGCAAUGAUUAAGAAUCUACGUGAGCAGGGUGUAACCUUUCCUGCAGUGGGGUCCCAGGCUGCAGAGCAAGCAAAAGCAAGUCCUGCUCUAGUUGCAAAGGAUCCGUCCACAUCAACCAAGAAAGAAGAGGAAGACUUGGCCAAAGCUAUUGAGCUGUCGCUGAAGGAGCAACGUCCGCAGACGUCCUUGUCGGGCCUUUACCCGAGCACCUCCAGCCUGCUCUCCUCGCACAAGUCAGACGGCAGGAAAGUCCGCGCCAUCUAUGACUUUGAGGCUGCCGAGGACAACGAGCUCACCUUCAAGUCUGGAGAAAUCAUCACUAUCCUGGACGACAGUGACCCCAACUGGUGGAAAGGGGAAACUUAUCAGGGAGUGGGACUGUUCCCCUCCAACUUUGUCACUGCCGACCUCACUGCGGAGCCUGAGAUGAUGAAGACGGAGAAGAAGACAGUACAGUUCAGUGAGGACAUCCAGGUGGAGACUAUAGAGCCGGAACAAGAGCCUGCAUACAUAGAUGAGGACAAAAUGGACCAGCUACUGCAGAUGAUCCAGAGCGCAGAUCCCACAGACAACCAGUCAGACAGCGCCGAGUUAUUACAGCUUGAAGGUGCCUGCAAUCAAAUGGGACCCCUCAUUGACCAGAAGUUGGAGGAUAUAGACAGGAAGCACUCAGAGCUGUCGGACCUGAAUGUUAAAGUGAUGGAAUCUCUGUCGUUGUAUGCCAAGUUGAUGAAUGAGGAUCCCGUUUACGCCAUGUAUGCCAAGCUGCAGAGCCAACAGUACUACAUGCAGCAGCCCGCUAAUGCAGCACAACAGGUGUACCCUGGUCAGCCUGCAUCAGGUUCAUAUGCCAUGAGCGGUACUCCAGUGCAGGGUUACAGUGUUCCCAUGGAGCAGCUUCCUCCUGGAAGCUCCAUACCUGGACAGCAAGCUCCCAGUGAUCAUCAUAUGUACAUGGGCCAGCCGCCAGUCUACACUGCUGCUCCAGGCAGCAUGGCCCCAGCAGACAUUCACUACCACAACCCAGCAGCCGGCCACGGUCUCCCUCCAGGCACGGUUCCCACAGGCAUGACGCACACGCAAAACUACAGCCACCCCUCCGGCCCGAGCAUAGCACCUUCCACAGACGCCGCACAGGCCCCCUACUCGGAGAAAGCCUUGCUAUAGGGCCCCCUUUGAUCACUGUUCUCCUUACAGGCAAACCCAUACAUGCACCAGGCCUGAUCAAAUGGUGGUCAGAUUAUUUCUUUUACCAUAUUUUAUUAAUUGUUUUUAAUCGUAAAACACCAGAAGGAUGGAAAAUACAAACAAGAGUAAGCUAACCUUGACAUUUGCCAUUCUGUGUUAUUUUAUCUGGCAGAUAAAAAGUCUGCUUUGAUUUGAAGAAUUCGCCCCAAGUCACACUUGGUCUGAAAAUGGGCACUCGCUCGUCUCCUUCGUGUCUUCACCUGAUUUAUUUGACCAUGGAGGAGACACGCAGUAGCUUCAGUUGCACUUAUUUAAUUUCUGGAUUUCACUCAAACCUCUUGUUCUCAAAUCUAGAUCUAAUGGCAAAAAAGGCAUUGUGCAUUUAAACGUACAAGACCUGGCACUAACCAUUCCCUGUUAGUGACAGGCCUAUUAAAAAUUGUUAUUGGUCCGUAUUUUUUCAUAAUUUCUUUUGAAGUUUCCUGGUAAGAACCACUUAACUAGCAAAGAUUAAUUAGGACUAAGUUGAAUCUAUUGUCAGUUCUUGAUCAAUUCUAGUGGAAAUAAAAUGUAAACCAGUUUAUUCCUCAAACCGUACACAGGUUUUGGGAUUGUAUAGACUAGGCCUCACAUGUUCAGCUAGUUUACUGUGAUUAAAAAAUAGUUGGGUCACCCUAGCAAUUAUUUUAAUAAUUUAACAAGUGAUCCAGUUUCUGUAGUGUUUAAUCUUUGAUACCAAAUUCCACAAAACUUUCGAGGAAAUUCCAGACCUGUUGAAUGAAGCCUAACCAAAAUGUUUUGCGAUAACAAGUGUAACUGUAACUACUUCAAUCCAACGACACAAUCCAUAUGCAAGUACAGAUAUAAAUGAAUGCACAAAGGCAUUCCUUCAUGCACACUGGACCUGCACAACCCGAUACACACACUACAGGAAGGUGUACAGCAGUUGCAUACACAGCGAUACACUUGCAGCACUUGGCUCACACAUCAUCAGUCGUACUUGAUGAUUUACCGUCACACACCACAGACUUCUCACUGACUCAAAUCUACUGUGGUGCUGAUCUUAUCACUAAAAAAGGAGAGUUGAUUUCCAUUAACUUGCUUUCUAUUUAAAUAUCAAAAGUGACGUUUGGCAAUGCUAAAAAAAAAAACGUCUGGCUACUACAUUCUGUAUAUGUUGUCAAUUUUUAGAAGUACUGAAAACUGAA